UUAAAAUAAUCCGUCGCUGGAUAUAGUUGUUGUAUGUUUGAUAUAUUCUUUACAUGCAUUUGCUUCACCAUAAGCAUGCAGUCUUUGUGCAAGAGGGUAUAGUUGGAACACCGCGUGCAGUAGAGGGUAUAGAUGGAACACCGCGUGCAGUAGUCAGAUCUCGUCCUUUCCUGUAAAGUUGUUUGCUCGUGUCCUACCAGUGUACAAGUAUGUUGUCAUCAGUAUGUUUUCGAUAAGGAGAGGACCAUACCAAAAAACGACGAUCAGUAACAUAUUGACUUAAAUUCCGUGCAUAUGUGUGUGUGUGUGUGUGUGUGUGUGUGUGUGUAAAAUGAUAAAGGACAUACAUUGAUGAGGUAUUGAUUAGCCAACCAUGGUAUGAUAAUGGCCGAGUCAAAAAAAUACAUGGAUGAUGGACGGUUACUGCAAAUCCUAGGGUGACUAUAGGAGAGGUUCUGAAGUGGCUAAGCUAAGCUGGCACGCUUUGACAGACAUAUCAUAGUUUUAUAUCAACAUAAAUAUAAUUUAGACACCAUUUUCUUUGACUGCUAUUGCACAGUACUGUAUAUAGUCAGUGCAUUACAAUUUCAUAGGUUUCCUAUUGCUACAGCUCAUGAAAUGAAAUCACUAUCAAGAAGUACGACAUUAAGCACAAAAGACCUUGGUAAAUUUAAACAGGUGUGUUUUUCCCCACAAACUGUUACACAGGGUGCGACAAACACUGGGAUCAUGCACUAUAUCUCUGUGUUGACCUGUGUUAAAAGUGUGUAUAUAAAUAUCUUUAGGGAGACCCGAGGCAAUUAUUGGUGAACAUAGUUUGAGAGCAACUGUCAUCCUGCAAAAUGUCUCCUGUGAAAUGGUUUGUGACGCUGGCUGUGCUGAUUAUUGGCAGCAAAGUCAAUGCUGCCAUUCCAAGGCACAUGGAUGAAUUUAUCAGGGUGCUGGAGCACGUCGAGGCCCAGAACCCGGGUUUGGGCCCCCUGGGAACAGUGAGAGCCCUUCGCCAUCUCGCAGGCUACGGGGAUUUGUUCGCGGAGAGCUUCUUGGGCAGUGCGAAUGACGAUUACAGCAGGGCGGCUCUGGUGCUGAAUGUUGAAUUCGAUGACUUCAUUGGCAAAGCGCUUCGGCACAGGGUGAGCGAAGGAGGUGAGGAGGUGGGAGUGGUCCUCAUCCGUGAUGGGACAACGGUUGCCAUGGCGCCACUGCUCUUGGGCAUAGAGGCGGGGCUUCAAACUAAGGUGGAUGCACUACAUGCUGUUGCCCUGACCAGAACCCUGGGUUUGUCCUUCCUGGCCUUCCAUAACUCCCUGCUCCCUCAGCGUCUCGGCCCCAGUGGUUGCUGGGAUAGCGUGACCUGGCCUGCGAUGUUCACACUGCCAGGGAAACCCUCCCUGGCUACUGAGGCUCUCAUAAACGGAGGGAUGGAUGGAAUAAUCCUCGGCACGGAGAUCUCCCUACUCACACAGCGCCCCCCCACACUGAGCGGCCUUCUGAAGCAGUACUACAGCUACUCUCUGGGCCCCGGGGGCCUCGACAGCGCCCCCCGUCUCAUCAGCGUCCUCCGCAGGGACAACUUCAGGGAGUUGGUGAGCGCCGCAUCACUGCGAAAAGAGGUGAUGAGCUCGAUGCAGGUGCACUGGAGGCUGAUGGGAGAUGUCCGUGCCGUGGGGUCCAAGAGAAUUGUGAAGGAGGGCGUGCAGGAGUUCAUCCAAUCGUAUGCAAACUGUCCAACCAUCAUCCCCCGGUGCCAGUGGGGGGCGGAGCCUUACCGAGGCACGCCUACCCAACUAAGUCCGCCCCUCUCCUACAUGUACGUCCACCACACCUACGAACCGGGCCAGCCCUGCCUUUCCUUUGACCAGUGCGCCGCGGACAUGCGGUCCAUGCAGCGCUUCCACCAGGACGGCAACGGCUGGGACGACAUCGGAUACAGCUUUGUGGCCGGAUCUGAUGGCAACAUCUACGAGGGCCGUGGCUGGGCCUGGCAGGGUGCCCACACCCUGGGCCACAACUCGAAGGGCUACGGCGUUGCCAUAAUCGGAGACUUCACCAGCUGCCUGCCAUCGCCGCGCACCCUGGAGCUGGUGAGAGAGCGGCUGCCCGCAUGUGCAGUGGGAAGCGGCCACCUGUCGCCUGGUUACAUCGUGCACGGCCACCGUCAGCUGGUCAACACCUCCUGCCCUGGGGACACCCUCUACAGGGAGAUACAGACCUGGCCGCAUUUCAGGGAAGUCUAAGGCCGAGGAGCAGAGCGCCUGACUGAGGAAAGAUGGCAUGACGGAAUAAAAGUGUAAUUUGGUUAAGUGUCAUUGGUGUGUAUCUGGAACAUGGAGGGGAAAUUGAUCGUCAUCACCGGGGGGGGAGGAGUUAGUGUACGGGGUCAGUGUUACACUCCGGACUGCAAGCAAAUCCACAGACUCCACAGGAUCAAGAACUCAAUACUGAGACUAAAAGUCUCAUAACUUGUUCUAUUAUAAAAAUCAAACCAAGUAGCAUUAUUACAUUUCUCCAUUCGCUGCAUUGUUGCCAGGAAACCAUUGUUUCUGUCUUCAGUGUUAGUUAUGUAAGGGUGCUCACCUUCUUUAUGAUGUAACAAAACAAACCACACGAAACAUUCUAAACCACCCACGUUUAUUGUAUGUGUGAGUACGUUUUUUUAAUUAUUAUUAUUAUUUCUCUUUUAAAAAAAAAAA